CGUUUGAAUUAUUUUCUUUCAUUAAUAUAUCACAUAUAUGUUGACGAGAAUAUUCACAAAUUUUAUAAUUGAGAUGUUUUUGGCUUAGAAUGGGAUUAAAUAUAAUACUAGUUGUGAUAUUUCUAAACAGCGUUUGCAGACAUGGCAUUGAUGCCCAAGCUCCAGUUUUAUCAGCAAACGCAUCUUCCGUUACUAAAGGAAAUUCAUUGAACAUUGUUUGUACAUUAUCAGCCGAAACAUCUUCAGUGACAUGGUAUAGGAUUGUCAAAGGCGGGACAACUGAACAAGCGAUUAUUACUGUCGGUUUAUCAGGUGGUUCAUGUAUAUCAGUUCCAAGCACUCCUCCAGAUGGUUUAGUGGUAACAUGCGGUACAUUGGAGUAUGGAUGUACAAUCCCAUCCUUGAGUACUUCUGAAGAUGGAGAUGUUUGGCGUUGUGCUGUUCCGCUUUUAGGGGUCAACACCUACAGCAACUCCCUGAGAAUCAAUGUCACAAUUAGCCCUUUGAUCACUGACAUUAGAAGUGUUGAAGUUGCAAGGGAUAAUACUGCAACAAUAGUUUGUGACAUUGCUGGCACUUUUGCCUACCCACGUUGGGAUGAUGGCACUAAUACAAUUUAUGUAGCUGAAGGAACUUCAAUUUUUAACCCAAGUACAACUGACUCUAGAUGGGCUCGAUCUAGUGACACAAAGAACCUAAUCAUUUCAUCAAUUGAGGAUAGUGAUGCUGGAACAUACAGAUGCAGCAUCACUACACCAACAAUAGACAGCUAUACAGCAAGACUAAAAGUCAUUGAACACUCUGUUAGCCCUUUGAUCACUGACAUUAGAAGUGUUGAAGUUGCAAGGGGUGAUACUGCAACAAUAGUUUGUGACAUUGCUGGCACUUUUGCCUACCCACGUUGGGAUGAUGGCAUUAAUACAAUUUAUGUAGCUGAAGGAACUUCAAUUUUUAACCCAAGUACAACUGACUCUAGAUGGGCUCGAUCUGGUGACACAAAGAACCUAAUCAUUUCAUCAAUUGAGGAUAGUGAUGCUGGAACAUACAGAUGCAGCAUCACUACACCAACAAUAGACAGCUAUACAGCAAGACUAAAAGUCAUCGAACACUCUGUUAGCCCUUUGAUCACUGACAUUAGAAGUGUUGAAGUUGCAAGGGGUGAUACUGCAACAAUAGUUUGUGACAUUGCUGGCACUUUUGCCUACCCACGUUGGGAUGAUGGCAUUAAUACAAUUUAUGUAGCUGAAGGAACUUCAAUUUUUAACCCAAGUACAACUGACUCUAGAUGGGCUCGAUCUGGUGACACAAAGAACCUAAUCAUUUCAUCAAUUGAGGAUAGUGAUGCUGGAACAUACAGAUGCAGCAUCACUACACCAGCAAUAGACAGCUAUACAGCAAGACUAAAAGUCAUCGAACACUCUGUUAGCCCUUUGAUCACUGACAUUAGAAGUGUUGAAGUUGCAAGGGGUGAUACUGCAACAAUAGUUUGUGACAUUGCUGGCACUUUUGCCUACCCACGUUGGGAUGAUGGCACUAAUACAAUUUAUGUAGCUGAAGGAACUUCAAUUUUUAACCCAAGUACAACUGACUCUAGAUGGGCUCGAUCUAGUGACACAAAGAACCUAAUCAUUUCAUCAAUUGAGGAUAGUGAUGCUGGAACAUACAGAUGCAGCAUCACUACACCAACAAUAGACAGCUAUACAGCAAGACUAAAAGUCAUCGAACACUCUGUUAGCCCUUUGAUCACUGACAUUAGAAGUGUUGAAGUUGCAAGGGGUGAUACUGCAACAAUAGUUUGUGACAUUGCUGGCACUUUUGCCUACCCACGUUGGGAUGAUGGCACUAAUACAAUUUAUGUAGCUGAAGGAACUUCAAUUUUUAACCCAAGUACAACUGACUCUAGAUGGGCUCGAUCUAGUGACACAAAGAACCUAAUCAUUUCAUCAAUUGAGGAUAGUGAUGCUGGAACAUACAGAUGCAGCAUCACUACACCAACAAUAGACAGCUAUACAGCAAGACUAAAAGUCAUCGAACACUCUGUUAGCCCUUUGAUCACUGACAUUAGAAGUGUUGAAGUUGCAAGGGGUGAUACUGCAACAAUAGUUUGUGACAUUGCUGGCACUUUUGUCAACCCAAUGUGGGAUGAUGGCACUAAUACAAUUUAUGUAGCUGAAGGAACUUCAAUUUUUAACCCAAGUACAACUGACUCUAGAUGGGCUCGAUCUAGUGACACAAAGAACCUAAUUAUUUCAUCAAUUGAGGAUAGUGAUGCUGGAACAUACAGAUGCAGCAUCAUUACACCAAUAAUAGACAGAUAUACAGCAAGAUUAAACGUCAUCGAACAAACUGUUGGCAUAACGUCAGCAGUAAUUACAUCUCCGAUUGUCAAUCCUGUGUCCGUUAUAGUUAACACAACAUCCACAUUCCUGUGUGAGACGUCACCUGGAAACACUAUAUCUACCGUCGCUUGGUACAAAGACAACACAAACCAAGCUAACGCAAACGACACAAAAAUUACCUCGGGUACAAAUACGUCCUCCAAACCUGAAGGAAAUCUCUACGUGACGUACGGGACACUUAAUCUACAGGUACAGAGAGGUGACCAGGACGUGGGCGUGUACUGUCGAGCAAGAAACAGGGACCAAUGGUUCACCUCCGGAACAAAGAAGAUCAAUGUUCUAUAUGGACCGGACCGUCCUGAGUGUACAUCCAACAACGUGAACAUUUCCCCAACGUUGAGGGUUGUUGUUGGUAGCACGUUCUCAAUCUCCUGUACAGCUGACAGUAAUCCACUUCCGAACAUAUAUCAGCUAUCUGGACAAGGGGGUAAUAACCUGCAACUUAGCUUCAUCGACAUAGCAAGAUCACAGGCAGGAUCGUACAUCAUCGAGGCCAGGAACAAUAUGUCCGCUUCUGGUAGUGGUAGCCCGGUUACUGGCCGAAACUCAACGUCCUUUACAAUAGAUGUAUUGUAUGGAGCAGCUAAUUUACAGUUACUGCUCAACAACGUUUCAAACGCAUCGGUAGAAAUUGAGGAACAUUCUACAAACAACCUGCAAUGCUCGCUGGAAAGUAACCCUGCCUCGCAUAUGUUCAUUGUUAAGGAUGGAAAGACAAUACUAGAAAGACCUGGAGCUCAGCAAGGAAACCCACAGGAGUUGUUGUGA